CAAAUUGCUAAUUCUUCGAACAAACCAUGUUUAUGAGCUAUAAACAUUCAAGGCAUAUAGGAUCGUGAUCAGUGUUUUAAUUCAAAAACUAACUAAAGUUCGUCUUACUAUGUAAAUUGCUGUGACCUCUAACACUGCUCUUUGAGUUGUCAGUAAUCAUACGUCGAUUGCUAGCGUCCUUCACUGAAAAAGAGCUACUACUGAUCUUCAGUGCCAUGCCGCCAUGCCAGCCGUUGCGAAGGUCACGCAAAUCGAAAGCAAAUUAAUUAAGCGCUGGGAACGUAGCUGAACGUAUUGUUGAUUCGAUCCGCGCACGAGCUAAGUAGCACGAUCGAGCGAGUGUCUACAUUUCAGGCCCUUCGAAGCAUGUGACGAUGAUUUUCAUUACGGUUUACAACGACGUCCUCGCUUACAACCCACGGGAUGAAAAAGGAAAAAGGAAGGUGUGUGUCAUGUCAAUUGUGCUUCACUUAUCAUUGUAGUUGUAGUCAGGCUGUCUUCGAUCUUCUUCGAUUUGAAACUAGUGAAUUUCCCAUAAACACACUUAAAAUAUUUUGCUAUCACUAACGACACCGUGAAUGGCUUCGAUCCAUGUCGCAUUUACGGUAUGAAAAUAUGCUUUGAGCAGCAGCAUCAUGUAAUUAUAAAUAACUUCUAGUUUUCUUUCGUGAGUCAUAACAUAAUGCGUGGCAGUUUGUAAAUAACUAAAGAAUUUCAGUUCCAUGUUUCACUUGUUUUGAUGCCUUCGCUUCACUGAACGCGGGCCAGUAUCGUGGAACGUUCGUGAUAGUAUUUUGUAGUUAUAUAGAAAAUCAUUUGGUAAAAUUGCGAUGCUAUCAUUAAAUUUCGUGGUGCAAUUAUUAUAUUGAUCAACAUUUGGUUGUACGCCUGUUUGGAGUUUACUAAAACCAUUAUUCAGCCACGGGCUUCAUGCUAAAUGCGAACAAUUUUGUUGUUACUGACUCUAGGCUAGUUCAAACGGCUUGUUCCAGCACUAGAGAAAAUCCUAGCAAAUUCAAACAGAAAGGAACUCGCGAUGUUUGGUUAAAUUAGUGCCCUAAAAACAAACUACACCGCUCUCUAUUUUGAAAACUUUUGAUGCUACGCGACACGCGACAUCAGUGGAAACAGAAAAUGUCGCGUGAUUUCCAUACGAAGAAAGAAAUAUUAACGACCCUCAUUGAAUAGCAGCGUUCGAGUCUUGAAAGGUUAAAUUAUUGGUACUUUUUUUUCACAUGUUUUUGGCUUUAUUGAGAAUUACUGGCUUUCUUAUGAGUUAUAAAAUCCAGGCCACGAAAUGUCACGAAAUGUUGUCGCACCCACCCAUACAUUUUGUACAAAGGCUAGUAUUUCAUUUUACAGUUUCCAUGUCACGAUUAAUUUACGACCCCUUGAGCACAUACAUACACAGGCGCUCCUGUCAAUAAUUUAACCUGUUAAUUGGGUCUCUUUAAACAUGUAUCGAUCGGGUUUGCAAUAUUAAAGCAGUAACUGAUCCUCAGUUUAGAGAAUCGUAUUUAGAGCCACAACUUGCUCAUCAGGGGUCUCGGAAAAUCUGGAUUAGAUCUGAAAAUCUUGUAAAACUUUGUUACGACUCUCGAAUUUUCAUUUCCGUUUCUUGUCCUCCCUCAAAUUUUAGAUACUCUCGAAAACUGAAACGAAGUUUCGGCUUCUUGCCGAGCGUCAGAUUGAACACUCAGUCCUCGCGCCUAAUAUGAGGAAAGAUGACUGAAGAGUGACAGUUUUCUUUUGUUUAAAGGCCGGUAUUACGUUAUUUCAGCGGUAUUAAACUGCAUAAAUUUGCUCUUCUGGUGAAUUAGGACACCUGUACACGACAACGCCGUCACGCUGCGAGCUUUGUUUUUUUCCUUUUUUAAUAACAAAAAUGGUUUUAUUCCAUCGUUUUCGUCAUUUUACUUUGCCAAAAAGCCUCGAAGAUGAUGUUUGUUGCAAAUACUUUGCGUUCGAAAGAGGAAGGAACGUAUUUGAGCCGUUUAAAUCUGUUAUAACAUACUUCCUAUUCAAUCAUGACAUGCACAUGGAGGCUAAUUGUUCUGCUGUCACCUUCAUGUAGUCUGGUUGGCAUGCGCCGGGUGUCUGUAAAAUAAUUGUUCAAGGUGUUGUCUCCAAGUUUCAUUUUCACUUGAACAGCGGUAACUAACAAUACAUUUGAAAUAUGCAAAAAUGCUAGCUAUUGUUGUGCACGAAAACAUGAAACUUGGAGACAAUACCCUGGAUAAUGAGAGGCUCUCACUAGUAAACACAAAAUUACUGACAAAAUAUUAGCGAAUUGUAGCCCUUAUUUUACAGCCUUACAAUAUAUCAAUAAUCUUCAAAUUAAGAGGUCAUAUAAAAGGAAGGUUAAUCUCAAGAAUCUUAAAUUUUUUAAAAAAAUCUAUCGAACGGUUUAAAAAUUAUUCGCUAAUUUGUUAAAGUAGACCAAAAUGUUUACAAACCGCUAACAAGAGCGCUUCGAUACAUACUAAUCAAAUGCUUCUUUCUAGCAGUGGGCUGGAGCUAUCUCCAUGAUCUUUCACACACGUUUUUACAACGAUUGAAACUACUACGAAGUGAAAUUGCUUGUCAAAAACGCUUCAAUUUCUACACAUAACAGCCGAAUAUCAAGAUUAUCCAUUUUUUUUACCGUAUUUCUAACGAUAAAAACUUUAUUCCAAAAUAUCUCGACAACGCUCUGACAGAUUUUGCAUCAAGGCCGCUAUUGGAGGAAAAAGCUCCCGUGAACGAUUUUGGAAGGACAGUUCCCAGUGACGAGAAAUACUGCUGCAAGUAAAAUAGGUAAUAACGUCAUUUCGUUGCUAUGACAACUCUGAUGUCAUUGCAACCCCGAUCAUAACAAAUUGUCAUCUUUAGCCUUGCUCGUUGAAUUGUUUCAUGUUAGCAAUUUGAUUCAAAAAAUUAUUUAAGGUGGCUCGAUACAGUUUUUUAGGGUCAAUACCUCGCAAGUUUGAGCAUAAACUACCUCGCCAUAAACAAAGAUUUGGAAAAAUGGCCACCACAGCUGAAAACUAAUGUUCACACAAAUUUUCGCUUCAAAAGCGUUCUUGGUUUUGUGUUAGAGUAGGGUUGAAUUUCUAAGCUUUUGCGUGACGCGGAUUUUACAUGACGGCCGAGAGAGCUGUAAUGUAGGUUAAAAAAGUGUCUUAUUUCGGGUAAUUUUGCUAUUUAAACGGUUAAUGUAUUAGAAAAAGUAUUACUUUAAUGUUUAUGAGUUACUCGAGGGAUAAAUUCACGCAUUUGUAGCAAAACUUGGUAGCAGAUGUUUCUGUUGGUUUCCUUCCGCCAUGUUGGUGCCCAUCCAGGUGGGUACCAGCUUGGCGUCUCCAUACAAAUUCCUAUAAAUUUGGGUAAAACAUUUUUUUUGAUAUCUCGUAUACGAAAUAAUUCUCUGAUCCGAAUCUUGGCGAGUGUCUUUGUAUAUUUAACUCCUUUCCUUUCCCAGAUUCUGGCCUUAAACUAUUGAACAGUUUAUAUUUUUAUUUUUGAUCUAUGUUGAAUGGCGUGACAAUGAAAACCAGCAAUAAAGCUACAGAAGCCUUAACUCUACCCAACUGCAACAAAUGCUGUCCCGACUGUGGUCGUCCGUUUGUACAGCUUCGAUGUUCUUUUAACAUUGAUGUGAAUGAUCACUUUAGGGGUCAGCCAUAAUACAGUCAAACAUGUAUUAAGCGAACCUCUGUUUAGCGGUCACCCUCUAUUAAUCAGUCACUUAAUUAAGUCCUGGAAAUAAUUUCCCUCAAUUAUUAGAAAACUGACCUGUUAGCGGGUACAAUUAAGGGGAUGUUUCCUUUUGGUGCAUCUCCGCGGUGAUUUUUCUUUCAUGAAAGUACGUAUGUCUAAUUAGAGUUUUUGAUUGAUGACAAAGCCUUGUUUGAGGUGCGCACUUUUCUCAGUUUAACAUUUUUUUGACCUCAUUUUGGCUCUUCGUCCAUAUUUUCCAGGCAAUGACUACCUUACUCAUUUUUAACCAUUUUAGGCGUGUUUUCAUCACUUUUCACCCGAAUUCAUGGCAGCGGAAAACUUCAGUUAGACUUACAGGUGUUUUGGUGGGUAAAAAACUAUUGUUCUAAAUUCUGUCUUGUACUGUGAACUGCAUUGUAUUUGCCCUCUGAGGUUUUCGAUCACGUCCGUAGUUAAUUUCUGGAAAAGUCUGAGACAAUCAUUUUCGAUGAAGAAGCUUAGCACCCUCUGGAAAUCUACAACAACGUUAGAUUUUCAAACUGUAUAUUGUACUGUAUAUUGUACUGUAUGUCUCUGUUAUUAUCAAAACUUGUAUACAAGCAGUUACUUUGUAAUUUUUAUAUUGGUCACCUCGUUUUAUGUUGCCUGGACAUCAAAAGCUUCAUAGCGAAAAUUAGGGCUAAAAGAUCCCUUUGACAAAACAAUUAACUCGAAGGUUCAGUGCAAAUGAAUCUUCUUUAACCAAUCACAGAAGACUUGCGUAAGCCUUAAUUUGAGUUGGAAAGAUGGGUUGCUGGUCAGUAUAAAAUUAGGGAGUGACAACGAUACCAUAUUCAGAGAGUGCGUUAAUUCCUGAUACUGCAAUAUAAAGUUGUAUGAUCCUAGUUGAAGAUUAAAGUAAGUAUAAAGAAAGAAGUCACGUCCCAUUUGUUGAUGAAGAACCAGCUAGUUCUCUAUAAAAAUUUCUUCCAACAAUAUUUCUCUAGACUGUUCACAGUCUCCUAUUUUCCCGUGAGAUGGAGAUUGAGCGCUUUGGGUUACGAGCAGCCGUCUUGGAUGAGUGUCAAAACUGUUUAGGGGGCGGGCGUGGUUUGGGCCUUUUGGCUUUCUCGCUUCCUCUCAAACUGCCCCCUGCCCCCUAAGUAUUUUUUUUUUCAACCAAGAUGCCUGCCCGUAGCGCAAAGCGCUCGAUCUCGACGAUCUUACGGAAAAAUAGAGGACUGUGAACAGCCUAAUAUAUAUUUCACUCCCACACGAUCUUUAGAUUUUUGAAUAGCUCUUGGGCGGUGUGUUGAACCCUAGUAUUAAUUGGUCACGCUCUUUUAAGCGUCAGUAAAUGGGUGACAACUUAAUACAGGUUUGCCUGUGAUAUGAAAAUGAACAUUUCAGGGGCCGGUCAACCAUUUUAUAUCAUACUUUUGUUGAUUCUUUUUAGUGCUUGUUGGCAGAUGACUCGGUAACCAAAAAACAUGAACUUCAUUAAGUCACAUUUGAAGAAAUCAUAUUCCGUGUGUCGUUGCAGUCAGUACAAGACAGUCGGUGCUUUUUUGGUAUGCUUUAUCAUCAUUGCGUUGUUUCUAAAACUGAACGUAAUGACUCCCGGAAUGUACACUGGAAACAAGCCCUGGAGUCCCGCACCAAAAUGCAAGAAUUCCGAACAAGACCUUAACCGCAUGGUUCAAUUAACACACAAGGUGCAAGACAUCUUGAAAAAUAUGGGAAUCGAUUGCUGGUUGAUGUACGGCUCUUUAUGGGGACCGUUACGAGGUAUUGAGGGUCCCCUCCCGUGGGACAAUGAUGUCGAUCUUGCCAUAAAUGGUGAUGGUAUUUUUAGCCAAAUGACCUUUAGACAGUUUAAAGCCAUGUUUACUGUUCCUGGACUAACGGUGGAAAGUAGGCUGUGGCAGAGUUCGUUAAUUGUCAUUUCCGAGGGAGGCGCGUGGCCCUCACUGGAUCUGUUUGUGUUUUAUAACUACGGUGGUACUAUGAAAAGACCUGGUUUCGAAUCCUGGUUGUUGCCGAUCAACUACAAACUUUAUCACACAUUUCCAGCUCAUUUAGUCGAACAGCCCUUGCCCAAAGUGAAGUUUGGAUCCUUCAAUAUUUCAGUUCCCAGAGAUGGCAUUGAAAUCAUGAAACAUUUGUAUCCGUAUAAUUGGUGGAAGGUAGUGCGACCAGUAGGUUGCAAUAAUUAACAAAUAGAGCCUAUUUUGGUCAAGAGAUUAGAGAAUAAUUAGUCCCUGCGUUGCCUUAGCUCGAGGGGUGACAGGGGAGACCAUUCUGGGCGUGGUUUAGGCUUUAUUUGGCCCUAAAACACGAACAGGGGGUGUUCCCUGGUUUUGGGGAAACCGUUGUUGUUUUUCUCUUGUGUUGUAGUGUGGGUAUUAGAGACCUGAGGAUUCUAAGACGAGUUGGACUACGCUAAGUAGUGUGCGGGAGUGGACAAGCGUCAUUUUGGCGGGAAAA